AUGAACUAUGUUGCCUAUGAGUACAGUGGAUUCUACACUAUUUUCGUACAACAAUGGACAGUGGAAGACAUCGGAAAAAUUAUGCAAACGAUGUGGAACAUUUCGGUCUUAAAUGUUGUUGUGAUUGGACAGUUGAGUGAACGCGAGUAUGUAGCAUAUACUUACGAUCCUUAUAGAGAAAAUAAGUGCGGCCUAGUGGAGCCUAUUGAACAUGGUCGCCUAGUCACAGGAGGUGCUUGGGAUAGUUUGGACGAGUGGUUUGUGAGUCGCAUCUCAGAUUUCCACGGUUGCACUUUAACAGCGGGCGUGGUACAAGUGCAACCUUUCUCGGGGUACCGAAUCGAAGGAAACCAAACCGUGCACUUUGGACUAGAGGUGUCUGUUGCGCACGCUAUAUCAGAGAAGCUAGGUUUCUCGAUUCGGUAUGUUGUACCGAAGCAUAAAGUAAAAUGGGGACUAGUAAGUGCUACCAAUAGUACUGGUCUUUUGGGCAUGAUACAGCGGCAUGAAGUGGACUUCGGAUUUAGCAGUAUAGGAUUUCAGCUUAGCCGAUAUACGUACCUAAAAACGGGUUCUCCGAGCUUUAUGUCGCAGAUGACUUUAUUUACACCGCCGAAACGUCCGUACACGUCGUUUGAAAAACUCUUCCAACCCUUAACAAUCGAUGCCUGGCUGUGCAUUGGGCUCGGGUAUACGAUCUUUGCGGCAUUAACACUGCUGUGGGUGAAAGUGAAAAUCGUUGCAAUGUGUGAAACAAUUCUCCAUCCGAUGUAUACGUUGUGGGUUCUUGUUAUGGGAGGGCCGACAGGGAUCCUUCGCUUGAAUAGUACACGAAUAUUUGUCAUUGGAUUCGUCAUCAACACACUGAUUAUCCGGACACUCUAUCAAGCAGCAAUGUUCAAGCGACUGCAGGCUUCGCCUUUACUUGCACCCGAUUUACACACAUUAAGCGCCAUCAAUAAGGCCGGCCAUCACUAUACCAUGUUCCGCACAACGGUGGAAUUUUACUCACAGAAUCCUAUGAUUCCUAGAAGCAAGAUUAAACCGAUACAGAAUGAGGAUAUAAACAUAGACGAACUCUGUUACCAAUUAUCCCAGAACCGACUCGGCGGAGUUUUGGCACUUCCCUUCGAUAUUGUCGCCUACUAUGUUAAGAGAAAUGGAAAACGUGGUAUUGUAUAUGUGAGCAAAUAUACAGGAUUCGCCUAUAAUACUGCAUUUUACUAUCCUAAAUCAACACCAUUGCUGGAGUCUUUUGACGCCCUAAUAUAUCAACUUCAUGCCGCGGGCUUAACACAACAUUGGGCAGAACAGUAUCGCGACAACCGCUACUGGAAGAACGCAAAAGAGCAACCGGAACCGUCCAGCUUAAAAUGGAAUCAAAUAUCGGGAGGUUUUUACCUGUGUGGCGUUUUGCUCCUGUUGGCAACAUUGUGCUUCGUAGCAGAAGUAAUAUUUCAUCGUUUCGUUACGUGCAGUCGAUGGUCAAAAAGGCUAAAAAGGUUCCCCAGUUAA